UUAUAUAUACAGGAAGUGUACAGAAGUAGAGAAAAAGAGCUUCAUUUUGGGGGGAAAUCACAUCCAGCUUGAGACGCGAUUCAAGUCGUCAGUUUGACAAAGGACGUGUACAGAAUUAGAGAAAAAGAGCUUAAUUUUGGGGGGAAAUCACAUCCAGCUUGAGACGCGAUUCAAGUCGUCAGUUUGACAAAGAAAAUGCAUUCGGGUUUCAGCGAGGAGAGAAACGGGGAGCAGUGUGAAAGUGUGUGCGAUUUUGCCCUGCGAUAGGUUGAGACCCCGUCCAGUGUUUUUCCCGCCCUGUGCCUCGAGUUCCCUGGGAUAGGCUCCAGGCUCUCCACGAUCCUGUGCAGGAUAAGCGGUAUGGAAAAUGGAUGGAUGGAUAGAUGACCUGAGGUCCAUAUGUGUUAACAAUCCUAAUUUGGAGUCUAUGAAAGAAGACAUACUGUACCAUCUCAAUCUGGACACAGCCAGUCAUGACUUCCCGAAACAGUUUGGGGAUGUUAAAUUUGUAUGUGUAGGGGGAAGUCCAUGGAGGAUGAAGUCUUUCACAGAGUACAUUGCUAAAGAGCUGGGCCUAGAAGAUCCAAAAGGAGAGUACCCAAACAUCUGUGAGGGAACAGAUCGCUAUGCCAUGUACAAAGUAGGACCUAUACUGUCUGUUAGUCAUGGCAUGGGCAUUCCAUCCAUCUCAAUAAUGUUACACGAGCUUAUCAAACUCCUCUAUCAUGCCCGAUGCACUGAUGUCACUAUCGUGCGCAUUGGGACCUCUGGCGGAAUAGGUCUGCAGCCAGGCACAGUCGUGGUCACCAAGCAGUCAGUGGAUGCCAUGUUCCUGCCCCGCUUCGAGCAGAUGGUUCUGGGUAAGACGGUGGUGAGGAGCACGGAGCUGGACGUCGAGCUGGCAGAGGAGCUGCUACAGUGCGGCAAAGAGCUGGCGGAGUUUGAGACUGUCAUUGGGGACACCAUGUGCACUCUGGACUUCUACGAAGGUCAAGCUCGUUUGGACGGGGCUUUCUGUUCGUACACCGAAGAGGAAAAACAAAACUACCUGUCCGAAGCGUAUGCAGCAGGAAUCCGCAACAUUGAGAUGGAAUCUUCUGUUUUUGCUGCCAUGUGCAAACUCAGUAAUAUACGAGCGGCUGUGGUGUGUGUGACCCUCUUGGACCGGCAGAAAGGAGACCAGCUGAGCAGUUCUCAUGAAGUCAUGCACAGCUACCAACAAAGGCCACAGAUCCUCACUGGCCAUUACAUCAAAAAGAAGCUUAAAACCUUCAAGAAUAUUUAGCUUUUACACUCAGAACACUGGAAUGUGAAACAAAACAAACUUUUUAGAGACAUCCUUUCCUGGCAAUAUUAUCAGUAUGAUUUUAUAUGAGUUGUAUAGGACUGCCUUUGCUAAUAUUCACACCUGAACACUGCUUACACAAACACUUGAAGAUAUUUGGAUAUUGUAAGAUUUUAUGACACAUUGUCUUUGCUUGAUGCGGUCUGUUAUUUGAAAUAAUUUGUAGAAUAAAAUCCAUUAUUAACAAA